UUAGCAGUGAAUGACCCGGAUGUUGAUUAGCGCUGUGUGGGAACACCACGCUGCCUGUGUGCUUCUGCCACACACCAAUGGAUGCUUUCGAGCUGUUUCGAAAGCUCGGAACUGGGGCUAAAUUCGACUUGAAGAGAUUUGGUCAAGACGCCGCUCGGUUUAAGUUUUCCAGAACUCCAGGAGGAAAGGCUGCAUCAGACUUUGUCUCUGAGAUUGAUUACUUUGGCUCAGGGACAACAUAUGGAGCCCAGAGAAAGGAUGAGGAGGGAAGUGGCACUGGAGGAUCGACAGAAAAGGGCAAAAGGAAGCGCAAAGAAGAGGAGGGAGACGUGAGGUGCAAGAAGAAAACGACCAAAAGCAACCAGGUGGAGGUGGAAGGUAAUGGUCGGCAGCUGAAUGAGACUCAGGGCAUCACUUGGACCUCCUCACUGGACAAAAAAAUCCACAACGUGCAAACAGACGGGAAGGAGAAAUCCUCGCUGAAGAGGCUGAAGCAAAUUCACCAGGAGAAGGUGAAUCGUAUUCGUGCUAAACACCGUAUAAAUGUGCACGGCAGCGACMUGCCCGACCCUGUGUGCACAUUUGAGGAGCUGCAGUCGGAGUAUCAUCUCAACGCGCGCAUCCUUCAGAACCUCAGAGACGCAGGGCUGAACUCUCCGACGCCGAUACAGAUGCAGGCGAUACCGCUCAUGAUGCACGGUCGGGAGCUCUUGGCCUGCGCUCCCACGGGAUCAGGAAAAACYUUGGCUUUCUCCAUCCCGCUGCUCGCCCACCUGCAGCAGCCAGCAAACCUCGGCUUCAGAGCGCUGAUCAUCUCUCCAACCAGAGAACUGGCCAGCCAGACUUACAGAGAGCUGCUCCGCCUGUCGGACGGAGUCGGGUUCAGAGUUCACAUCAUCGACAAAGCUUCCCUGGCUGCCAAGAAAUAUGGACCACAAUCAAACAAGAAAUACGACAUCCUCGUCAGCACUCCGAACAGACUGAUCUACCUUCUGAAGCAGGAUCCUCCUGCUGUUGACCUCAGCAGUGUGGAGUGGUUGGUUGUGGAUGAGGCAGAUAAGCUGUUUGAAGAUGGUAAGACUGGAUUCAGGGAGCAGCUGGCCACAGUUUUUCUCGCCUGCUCUGGUGCAAAGGUGCGCAGGGCUUUCUACAGCGCCACGUGCACGCCGGUGGUAGAGCAGUGGUGCCGGCUGAACCUCGACAACCUGGUUUCUGUCAACAUUGGACACCGAAAUACAGCCGUGGAUACGGUGGAGCAGGAGCUGCUGUUUGUCGGGACAGAGAACGGCAAGCUGGUGGCCAUGAGGGACAUCAUCAAAAAAGGUUUCCUCCCUCCCAUGCUAGUGUUCGUUCAGUCCAAAGAGCGAGCACGAGAGCUCUUCCACGAGUUGGUGUAUGAAGGUAUCAACGUGGACGUGAUCCACGCCGAGCGCACACAGCAGCAGAGGGAAAAUGUGGUGAACAGCUUUCGCUCCGGUAAGAUUUGGGUGCUGAUCUGCACGGCUCUGCUCGCCAGAGGAAUCGAUUUUAAAGGAGUGAACCUCGUCCUGAACUACGACUUCCCCACCAGCGCUGUGGAGUACAUCCACAGAAUCGGUCGAACUGGCAGAGCAGGGCAUCGGGGGAAGGCCAUCACCUUCUUCACAGAGAACGACAAACCGUUGUUACGCAGCAUUGCUAAUGUAAUAAAACAAGCUGGCUGUCCUGUACCAGACUACAUGAUAGGUUUCAAGAAAAUACACAGUAAAGUAAAACGGAGGCUUGAGAAAAAACCUCCCAAGAGAAACACCAUCUGCACAACUCCUCGCUUCCUAAUGAAGAAAAAAGGCAAAGCUCAGAAAACGGAGCAAAAGCAAACAGCAGGAACUGAACCCCCAACUGCAGAACAACAGCAAGAAGAGGUGAAGAAGACAAAAGGAGGCGGGAAAAGAGAUGCAUCGAAAGGAAGAGGAAAAGAAAAACGUAAAAACACAGCUCAGAAGAUGGGAUCGAAUUCAUCGGGAGUGAAGUUAAAAAAGUAAUAAAGGAAGAAGGGCCUGAAUGUUUCAUCAAAGACGGUCUGAGGAACAACUGCUGAUAAGCAGAUUAAUGAGGACUUUGACUUUUCCAUCAGUAUAUUAGUUUUCACAUUUGUGCAUUGUAUUAUCUGAAUAAAAAAAUCAAUAAAAGUUUAUAUACCAUU